UGUCUCGUAAGUUAUAUUGAUAUAACUUGCUUAUCCGACACCAACAUACCGGCCCAUUACUUUAACCUCGCUAAUUACGAGGAAGUCAAAAGUCAAUCAGGGUCAACGAAGUUACUCACAGACUUCAUAGGUCGAGUCAAAAAGCACUGGCCAAGUACCACAAGAACAAACAAAAGGCUACCAAAGAUUGACAUGGAAGAUGACAGAGAAAAUCCAAUUGAGAUCACUUUAUGGCCAGAAAAACGCAACCUCAUCGGGAAUGAGACAAUACCUGGCGAUAUUCUGGCAAUCACAUCAACCUUAGUCACUGACUUCAACGGUUCUAAACAGUUGGAAUCAACAAAUGCAACAACCAUUGUUGUCAAUCCAACAUUCCCAGAGAUACAACAUCAUGUCGACAGGCUGAAAGCAUCACUAGCAGGAAAGACAAUACAACCCUCUGAGAACACAGUGACAGUCCAAGAGCUUAAAAACACACCAGCAAACAAAACUGUCAACGUACCACAGUCCCGCUUCACCUGUUAUGCACCGAUAAAGAGAUCUAUGCGUCCCGUAAAUGGUACUAUGUCCAAUGCUCUUUGUGUGCAAAGAAGUUGUACCAAGAAAAAAGUGAUUCAAUCCACUUUGUAUGUGAGGAUGAUGAAAACCCACAACCGAAGUACAUGUACUGUGUAAACGCAUCGAUCAUUGAUGCAACAUCGUUCACUGAUGUGGUAUUCUUCAACGACGUCAUGACUGACAUGUUGGGUACUACAUGCGAAGAGAUGAUUAUCAAGCAAGGAUACACGGAUCCCAAGAUACUUCCAGACCCAAUCGUUGAGAAAAUUGGUAAUCACAUGACAUUUAACCUGACCGUAAAGGACAAAUCAAUUGUUGUCAACAAGGCAACUGAUGCUACCAAUGGAGACACAACACCAACUGAUCCUCAUACGAUCACUACACCACCAAAGGCCCUCAUGUUACCCCCUUCAACACCAAACCGCAAGACCACUACGACUAAAAGGGCACUCCAGCAUUCACCAGACACAGGUUCUGGUGAAAAACAAGCCAAAUACUAGAAGCCUAAUCUGCUAUGCGGCAAGCAUCCUUUUUGGGAAGGUCUAACCUUUGUACAACGCUUGCCAAUGCAGAAAAAAAGUUACGUUUUGUAUGCUAUACAAAAAAACCCCAGUUUUAAGGCCAAGUGAAAUCCCUUUUGGGUAGCGCUUCUGUGACAACCCUAACUUUCAAGGACAUCUGUGAUCAACUGUUAAGCGGUUAACUAAAUCUUACCGAGCAAACCAAAGGUAAUUAUUGAAGGAACUUGGGAACUUGCCGUCUGAUGCCGCUGGAGUGGUUGUGGUCAUGAUAAACAUUCAUAUCGAUUGGGUUUCGACACACUUAUACAUUUAUACUUUUAUGCUUCCGCUCAAUACUUUGGUUUUGGUUUAACUUUCAAACGAUACAUUUCUUUCAAUUGGGUAAUUUAUUACAUUAUGACUUGUGUUUGAUAUGAUUGGUGGCUCUUUGUUGAAUCGUUACGCCUCCAUUAGGGACACGCCCUAGGUGGUAAUUUGGGGGUGUGACAUCUUCUACGGUUCAGACCUUUUGUACAACACCUGCCAAUGCUAGAAAGAAGUAGUAUUGAAGAAACACAACUUAAAGUGCAGGUCCCUUUUGGUCAGAAAUUCUUCAAGUUAAACUUUUGUACAACACCUGCCACUACCAGAAGGAAGGCCAUACCUGCGACUACAAGAAAGAAGCAACGUUUUGUGUGUCAUAGAUCACAGUUUGUUUAAAUAUGCAAUGUGAUAUGUCCAUCAAUGAUAAAUAUGCCUAAAAUAUGUAAUAAGACGUAGCAGCCUACACUUCU